GCUUAGGUGGCUUUGCUUGUUAUUCGUCAGGUCGCCGCGUAAUUUGUCACCGAAGUAGAUACGUCCCAGCAAAUCUUCCGUCUUCUAUUUUGGCUAGACCACGGGUUUUGGCUUAUACCAUUGGUCGACACUCAAACUGGGAACAAUGACUGACGACAUAGACGUUGAGGCUAUGCUUGAGGACCAUUACGCUCGGGAGGAUACUCUGGGUCUACGAUCCUCGUUGACGUCGUUGUGGACGUCUGGCCCUUUCCCACCUCAGCUGUAGUUAUCAAUAGAUUGUUUCGGGCUACUCAAAGUCCAAUGGUCAUCGAAGACGUGGUCGUUCACGUUCCAGGGAUCGAAGUAGAAGACAUAAGUCGCGCAGCAGAAGCAAAGAACGUCGACGGGAUAAAAAUCAUGAAUCCGACCGGGGACGACAUGAACGCCGCCAUAGUUCGCGUGACCGGGAUCGACAUAGGUCUAGUAGAGAUGACCAUAGAUCGUCGCGGACUGAAAGACGUCAGAAAUCUCCUGAACUUAGUCCAGAAGAGCGAGACGCACGGACUGUGUUCGUUUGGCAGCUGUCUGCGCGCAUUCGACAACGAGAUUUGGAGGACUUCUUCACUUCAGUGGGUAAAAUCAGAGAUGUUCGUCUAAUCAUGGACAACAAAACCAAAAGAUCAAAAGGCAUAGCGUAUGUUGAAUUCCGUGAAGUAGAGUCAGCUCAACUGGCCCUUGGACUUACCGGCACUCGCUUAUUAGGCGUUCCAAUUCAGAUUCAACAAAGCCAUGCUGAGAAGAAUCGGGUAAGCGCUACUCCCUCAUUGCCUCGGCCGUCGCAACAGAACAGGGGGCCGAUGAAAUUAUACAUAGGUUCUUUGCAUUACAACAUCACGGAAGAAAUGUUAAAAGGUAUAUUUGAACCCUUUGGGAAGAUAGAGGAUAUAAAAUUAAUCAAGGACCCUACUACCAAUCGUUCACAAGGUUAUGGCUUCGUAACGUACGUCAAUAGUGAUGACGCUAAAAAAGCGCUGGACCAAUUAAACGGGUUUGAGUUAGCUGGCCGACCAAUGAAAGUGAAUCAUGUAACCGAACGCAGUGAGUAUGCUUGUCUAAGCGCUUUAGACAACGAUGAGGCUGACCGUUCAGGCGUUGAUCUAGGCACCACUGGGAGAUUGGCUUUGAUGGCAAAACUCGCUGAAGGCACUGGCUUAGAGAUCCCCAAAGCUGCCCUUGCUCAACUGCAUAUCGGGCAAAACAACCCGAUACUGGGUUCAGCUGGAAGUGUUAGUUCAUCAUCCGCAAUUGCUCCUCCCGUGUGCACACAAUGCUUUAUGUUAUCCAAUAUGUUUGAUCCGCAUGUUGCAACUCAUUCGGUUUUCGAAGAAAUACGUGACGAUGUUAUUGAGGAAUGUACCAAGGCCGGCGGAUGUCUUCACAUUUUUGUUGAUCGCACCAGUGCCCAAGGAAAUGUUUACGUCAAAUGUCCUAGUAUAGCAGUUGCAACUCAAUGCGUAAACAUGUUACAUGGUCGCUAUUUCUCCGGACGGUUGAUUACUGCAGCCUACGUUCCUUUAAUAAAUUAUCACCAACUCUUCCCAGAUUCUGUAACUGCGAAAACACUAUUGCAUCCUUCAAGUUGAAACUAUUGUAAAUAAUCCAAAUGUUUAUUGACCACUGCAUUUGUCAAUAUAUUAUCACUAAUAAUUUGUUUUCUUGACAGCUUUUGGGCACUGGACAUUCCUUCUACUUGUCUUGAUUGACUGUGUAGGAUUCUGCUUCUUAGUCUCACAAUGGUUUGACAGAACGCUACUUAAGAAGGUGUUAAAAUACGAGGGUUUCGAAGUGGUUUUAAACAAGCUAUAGUUUCCUCGGUUCUCACCUACGAACUCAACAGAAACGGGAAAUUCCUAGUGUGUAGUAAGCUUGAGUUUAUCGUAUUCCUCAGGUAUAUUAAGUGAAACUUGCCAUGAAUGUCGCCUGGCAGUAAAUUACUAAGUUUAUUUAGAAUUAUAUUGAAAUGGGAUGUAUGGUCACUGUUGAGAAAUAAGGAUGACCAAUGUUCUACAUUAUCGGGUCACUAACGUUAAGCUGAGGGGCGGCUAUAUGCAGCACUAGAUUUCAAAUGGUAGGUACUAUGUCGGUCUUUACGUGACAGGUACAGUCGAAACAACAGGUAGUCAUUAAAACGAUAGGCCUGGGUCGUCUCGGUCGUUGCAAAGCCUGUUAUACUUGCAGUAUGCCUUGGUGUUUACACAUAAGCAGGUUUGUUGAAUCAGUGUAGACAUCAGACCUUACUAUGGUGAACGUUAAUCUUCUGACAGAUAAUUUGGUACGCAAGAUGUGUGCUGCGUUUGGAGUGGUUUGGUAACACUCCUGAAGAAACUACAUUUGUUAACUUUUCUGCAUUGUCUGUUUGCCUUUUUCAAGAAGGAUGCUCGCUACACAGACAGGAUAUUGGUAUUGUGAGAUAUUACCUCUAUUUCAUAUGAAGAUUAGUGGAUGGAAGUAGGUUAGCACAAUUAGCGAAGAGAUCCUGUGAUUAUUUUGUUUUCUCUAGGUUGUCGCAUAGCUACGGUCCGUCUGCGUCCGUAACUAAUAUACUGUCGAUAGUUAUGAUGAAGACCUGUGCGCAAAGGACGAUGUGUUUUAUUGAUGUUUAAUUCGACUAGUGUCAGGCUUUUCUUAAAAUCGGUGAUUGGAUGGGAUGAACCUUCUAACAGAAGGCGUGGACGGCUUAAGUCAUUACUAAUGUUUUUAUUCAGUUAGAAAAGAGGUGACCUGUUGUGCAACAGGCGUUUCAAUGAGCUUGGAUCCAAAUAGUCAUAUACUCGGUCGAUUUUGGCCACUAAGUUAUGUUAGAAUAGUUGGUUAUGUAAUAGCCUCAGGUGAAGUGAUAGGUCGCUAAUACAUUGUAUGCCGCACAUUUAUGAAUUUGGUAAAGUCAAAGAGUAUUCUCUUACGAUAAUUCAGGUUUCUAGCGGUAAAUCAAGGUUUAACAGUGAAUAGGCUUUAAAUAAAUCAUGUCUAGCAUAUUUGCAACUGAUCUUUACAAGCCUGACAAUCUCGUGAUGUGAUUUACUGAUUAGAAACUUAAUUUCCGAGGGUAUUGUUUAUGUAAUCUUGCAACUGUGAAAGAUAAUUCAUGGAAAUAGAAGAGGAUGAUCAUAUGAUAAGUAUGUAAUGAUAUUUCCCCAAGCCACUGAAUACUUACUUCAGCGUUUAUGAUGUGAAAUUAACUGAGGGAGUUAGAAAAUCCUGAUUCCAAACUAAUGGUGCACGUGGGCUUCAGGAUCCUGAGGGAACAAAUGGCGUAUAAACCAAUUUUUGGUCACCGGCUACCAUGGGAAUGUAUCUUCUAACGUUGCUUCAUUGCCUUGUGGAUUAGACCUUUAUGUCAAAGGUUCGGUAUGGCUCCCUAAGGAAACCACCUGUUUCUGUUUGGGCACCCGGACAGUAUCUCAGCCCUCGCACAAAUCGAAUGAUUUAUGUGGCGUAUAUCUGUUUGGUGUCUACUUGUACCAAUGUUUAUGCGUUUAAAUAAAUAAAUAAUCCUGUGGUCUUAUUAUUAUAUAUUAAUGUGUUCUUUGUGAUUAUUAU